AUGUACAACUUCCAUCUCUGCAAACUGUUCUUCAAACAGUUGAUAUCUGGCAAGAAGAGUUAUGAAGGCAAGAAAAACAGUCAGGACAUUGAAACAAAGACUGAUGACAAUGAAGAUAUGUCCAACAUUGAAAUAGGUAUUCUGACAGUGAUUCCCGAGUCGUCUGCAACCGCUGCCGUACCCUACUCCCUGCAUCUUGAUGCGUCAACAACAGCAAUCGUUCUGGAAGUUUGCCUCAGCACGGACAUCCACAACAACCCGAUCAACCUGCGCGUCCUCGAGAACUGCACGGUGAUCGAGGGCCACCUGAAGAUCCAGAUCAUGUUCAAGACCAGAUCGGAGGACUUCCGGGGCUUGAGUUUCCCAAAGCUAGUCGUGGUUACGGACUACCUGCUCCUCUUCCGCGUCUACGGCCUGGAGAGUCUCGGCGACCUCUUCCCGAACCUCACCGUCAUUCGCGGCAACAACCUCUUCUUCAACUAUGCCCUGGUCAUUUUCGAAAUGUUCCAGCUGAAGGAGAUCGGCCUCCACAGCUUGACCAAAAUCACGCGCGGGGCGGUACGCGUCGAGAAGAACCCCGACCUCUGUUAUUUGUCCACUCUCGACUGGUCCAAGAUCUCGGACUCGAUGGAGGACAACUACAUCGUGGCAAACAAGGAUGACCAGGAGUGCGGAGACAUUUGCCCGGGUACCAUCAAGGGAACGAUAACCUGCAAACAGACCACCAUCAACGGGAAUUUCAGCGAGCGUUGCUGGAACCAAAACCAUUGCCAGAGAAUUUGUCCUUCCGAAUGUGCUCACGGUGCCUGUACCCCCCAUAAGGAGUGCUGUCACGAUCAGUGUCUGGGCGGCUGCUCUUUGCCAGGGAACGCUACCAAAUGCGUAGCUUGUCGCAACUUCCUGUUCGGCGAGGCGUGCGUGGAGCGUUGCCCGCUGGGAUACUACACCUUCAAGGGAUGGCGCUGCGUGUCCUUAAAAUUCUGCCAGGACCUCCACAACCAGUGCAAAGGCAAGAGCGGCGACUGCCACGAGUACGUCAUCCACAACGGUGCCUGUAUCCCAGAAUGCCCGUCUGGAUACACCACAAUGAAUUCCACCACAAUAGUCUGCAGUCUGGGAGUGUGCCCUAAAAACUGCAGUUUAGUUGAACUGCAACUGGGGGUGAAGACGGUGGACUCGGUCACCGCCGCUCAGGCUCUGCGGGGCUGUACGGUCCUCAACGGCAGUCUGAUCAUCAAGAUCAACGGAGGAAACGAUAUCGCGGCGGAGCUGGAGUCCAGUCUGGGUCAGCUGGAGGAGAUCACGGGUUACCUGAGCAUCCGCAGAGCCUACGCUCUCGUCUCCCUCUCCUUCUUCCGCAAGCUGCGUGUUAUUCGCGGGGAAGCGCUGGAAGCCGGGAACUUUUCAUUCGUCGCCGUGGACAACCAGAACUUGCAUCAACUGUGGGACUGGUCUAAACACAACCUCACCAUCCUCAACGGCAGGAUGUUCUUCCUCCAAAACUCCAAACUCUGCAAGUCUGAGAUCUUCCGGAUGGAAGAGGUGACCGGGACCAAGGACAGGAUCCCUAAAAACGACAUCAGCAUCCCAGCUUAUGGAGACCAAGCCUUCUAUGAAAACCAAGUUCUGAAAUUUACACACAUCCGCACAUCCCAUGACAAGAUCCUCAUCAGGUGGGAGCCGUUCUGGCCCUCAGAUUUCAGAGACCUGCUGGGAUUCAUGGUCUUCUAUAAGGAAGCUCCUUAUAGGAACGUGACUGAAUAUGACGGACAGGACGCCUGUGGCCCCAACAGUUGGGCGAUAGCUGACGUGGAGCCUCCACUACGCGACACCGAGGGCAACCAGGUGGAGCCGGGUCACCUCAUCAUGCCUCUGAAGCCCUGGACCCAGUACGCCAUCAUGGUCAAAACCCAACUCGCCGCCUCUGACGACCACCAGGUCCGCGGGGCCAAGAGCGAGAUCAUCUACGUCCGCACCAAUGCCCCACGUACGUCACAGCAGCUGUCUGGGACAUGA